AAUUUUUGUAUGAUUAAGAAGAACUGGUAUCUGACUUGCCAAGCUUCCUAUGAUAGACAUGAGGGUCACCAGUUCCAGUCAGGUACCUGGUUCCCGAGGUCAUGAGCUCCAAUCGGCUACCCGAUUCUUGCAAUUUUUAUUAUAGCAUUGUUUUUUGAAAAAUUACCAACAAAAUUCACCAGCUCAACUUGCUUUAUAUUUUUUUUGGACAUAUGAUUUCCAUUGCAGUUUCUGAUUUUGACUCUGUUUUUUGAAAUGUAUACGGACGCCAGAAUUGACGUUUCAAAAUUUGACCUCUGGCGGCUCAAACCUCGACCAUUGACCUGUAAUGGUGGGACAUAAAAAGUGCAGAUUCUACAGUCUGUACAUAACAUUUGGUUUGUUGAAUCAGUUUCCCUUCGCCUUGUGAUUAUUCACAGUUAUUCACAAAUUUUUAUCAAUCAAAUGUUGCCAGUAAGAGUGAAGAGAUUCCAUAUGGCAGUAUGGAUUAAAUGCUUUAUUGCAACGAUUGUCGUUUGCCACAUGAAUGGAUUUGUUGAGAGCCACAACGAUGAUGGAAAUUUUCACUGCGAUUCAGACGGCGAUGCAAAAAUCCAAGCAUAUUAUAUGCCUGGAUUUGUGAGUCUGGAUGGAAAGGGAGAUGAAUGGGAUGAGCCCAACAUAACGGGCUACAGUUUUCCCCUGAUGCCUGCCCUCCAUCCCGACGACCAUGACAAUAAAUACGAGAAAGGCGAAAUGACUCUCAAGGCGUUGCACGAUGGGCACAGCGUAUUCUUCCUGCUGCAGGUGCCAGGGGACUAUCGUUAUGUGAAGGGACAAUCAAGAAGCUGUCCUUCUGUGGCGCUUAUGUUUCAAGUGGGCGAAGAUGCAACAUACAAAGAUAUGGGUGGUUGUGAUGAGGAGCCUAACAAAUGUUCGAGCAAAAGUUGCAGUGGUCACGAAGUGGAUAUUAUGCAUUUCUCAAUUGGAACUGCAAUUCCUGGUCGUUUAUAUGGUGCUAACAUCAUUGACAACUUCAAUGGCACAGGACGAGAUACCUUUGGUCAUCUGGUUGAUUUGUAUGCCUGGAAUCCACACUGUCGUUAUUUAGAUGGAUUGGGUCCUGAAGGAAAUGGCAACAGCAGUUAUACUGGACAGAAUGACUGGCAAGGAGCAUGGUGGCAUGACACGAUUGAUGAUUCCUCUG